AUGGUGAAACUAGCAUCAGCAAGAGAGAGUAGAAUGUACGGGCCAGGGCUAGCUAGAAAUAGAGGAGAAUAUAUGAACGCAGGGCUCUGUGUGUUUGCAGCUAUUGUACUUGUUGGUGGGUUUGUGGCUGAAUUGUCAAAGGAACCCAAGUCAGGUCUUGUGCUUUUGCUUAUAGGUCUCCUACUUAUCAUGGUGGUUAAUCUUCAUGAUCUUGUUGCACAUCUAGCCGGGAUUGAUUAUCGGUUUCCUUUAAUGGGGUUUGAUACACAGCUUGCACUUGUUGAGUUUGCGGUUCCUGUGGUUCAGGCCUCGGGGGCUUUGCUUUCUUUCUUGGGUAUUCUUUUUCUUUUUAUUCAGGAAUACAAGGGAUAUGGGCACUUCAAAUUGGAAAGGCAUGCUCUAAACUUGCUUAUUGCUGGACCGGCUUUGUGGGUGCUCGGAUCCAUACACAACUCAUGCCAGAUAUAUGAGAGAGCUGAUGGGCAUGUACAAAUCUUGCAACAGAGCGUCCACAUCCCAUUUUUAAUGGGAAGUUUGCUAUUCUUGGUUGGUUCCAUUCUCAAUAUUCAUGAGCAAGCAGGACGGGGCUAUCAUGGACUGAAGCUAUUGGGCAAGACUUGGGUCUGGACAGGCAUCUGUGGAAGUCUAAUGAUUUUUAUAGGGGGAUUAGCAAACGCAGUCAAGGUGUUCAAGAUGCAGCAAAUUGAUGGACUACGGUUAGAGAAAUUGAGAGGAGGGGCUCAAGAGCGCAUUUUGCUUCUGAUUUUUUCAUAA